AUGGCUUCAGCAGCUCAGUCACUGCGGCUAGUAUGCCGCAGCUGCAGAAGUCAAAGGCCUAUCCGCCAUGUCGCUCCCAGGGUCUUUGUCGCCUGGAAGUCCGUCUCCGGCGGCGCGAUAAAGGAUUUCAAUAUGCAGGAGGAGAUACGGCCUUCACCCUUCGAUGCCAUGGCUGAAGAGCUUGAGAAGCUCGAGGCGGAAUCGCGGACUAUGGACUUUAGGAAGGCUGUGCAAAGGGCCAGUGAAGGACUAAGCCCCGAGGAACUUGCCGAAUUCGAGAAGAACCGAGAAGAGAUCCUAAAGGAAGCUUCGACCAUCGACAGAGCCAACUCUCGCACCAGACAAGCCCUUGCUCCGCUUAGAAACAUAAUACGCCCGAAGAAAGAGUCUUUCUGGAAUGACGAGGAGCAAGACACCGAUGUGGUCUGGGAUCAGGAGAGUGGUGAGGAUGCUUUCAACGAGGAUGACAUAACUAGCAUGGCACACGCGAAGCUCGAGGAGCAUAGGGAGCACAGAGAAUAUGCUCGCAUUGCCAUCUGGGAAAUGCCAUUGCUUUCCAAGUUCGCGAAACCUUUCGAGCCACCUGCGAAGGAUAUGCCUCUACGCUUCCGAACCACCUCAUAUAUGGGAGAAUUUCACCCGGCCGAGAGGAAGGUUGUGGUUGAGUUUUGUCCGGCGGACUUUGAUCUUACGCCUGUUCAGGAGUUGAAGCUAAAGAAGUUGGUCGGACCCCGGUACAACCCAGAGACGGAGAUUGUCCACAUGAGUUGCGAGAUGUUCGAGCACCAGGCUCAGAACAAACGAUAUCUCUCCGACAUGGUGGACAAGCUGAUUGCAGAGGCAAAGGAUCCGAAGGAUACUUUCGAAGAUGUCCCUCUUGACACCCGACAUCAUACAUUCAAGAUCAAGCCAAAGUUCCCCAAAGAAUGGCGAAUCACAGAGGAGAGAAGGAAGGAAUUAGAAACGAUUCGACAGCAAGCUUUGUUGUUGGAUGAAGCUAAGGCAGCCGACGGGACACUAGUCGACGGACAGGAGAGAAUCAAGCAAGCUCUUGCCGCACCUUCAAUCUCAGACAGGGUGGCGGAGCUCGUAUCAGCCCAUCCGCACAAGGGUGCACAUCGCCAGAAGCAACUUCGUCGAUAA